CGCGCUGCGAAGGUUAUUCAACCCAAGCAGAUCUCGUUCGUAGGCAACGCGGAGUAACGGGUUCCCGAUGACUCGUGCAUGAGGCGCCUCUCCACCUUGCCGGAUUACCCGGUGGUCAGGCUGCGUGCACGCCGGGCCCACCGCUUCUCCAACCUUCGAGUCGUAGAUUCAGUCAGCCGUGCACCAUUGUCGAAACAUCGUCCUGCUGCACGACACUCGCGAUUCCUCACCGCGUCUACUCCUCCGCCAAUGAUCCUAGUUUCGUCCCGCGAUCGCUAGCUUUGUCUCAUCUUCGUAGAACGUUCGAGUUUCAAGUCGGUUCGAACAGUGUUUCUCCGUUUGUUUUUCAGUUUGACGAGUAGUUUGCUUUCUGUAGUGUCGCGUCCGAUAUUUUCUUUGGUGUAGCUUUCCGCUUUCCUUCGUAUCUCGUUAUUGCGCGUGUUUGGUGAUUAAAUGCGGUUUCCAGGAGGAUUCUGAGAUUCAGUGCAAAAAUGCGGAUGAAGCUAUUAAAGAUCGUGGUGGUCCUGUUGCUGUCAGGAUCGGGCGAUGCCAGGCCGCAGAAAACCGAAGGAUCGAUUCAAGUUCAGCCAUCGAGGCCAAACCCUGAGCAAUGGAGAGGCUCCGGCGUGCCGCACACCGUUCGAGAAGAUAGCAGUAUCCAUUCGAACGACACGCAACGUCACCUGAAAGACAUGCACCACAUCGAUCAGUCCUUAAGAACAGUGGCCACUCAAUUACUAAACGUGACGAAUCCCGAAGAGCCACCAAAGAUCCUCGACAACGUGAUCAAGAGGCCCAUUGCGAGUCAAAAACCAAUCGAAAGGAACGAAGCCACUCCGAUCAAAGAGAUAUACGUGAACAAUGGUCCACCUGGUAAUAUUGGAUUUGGCAGACCGAUCAAUUCCAAGUUCAACUACUUCGAGACGAGUCAUCCAGGUCAAGCAAUGGCCAUCACCGAAGAAGAACUCGAAAAAGAAUUAAGUUCAACGCGUCUGAUGACUGCUUAUAAGAAUCAUGCAACGACCACUGGUGGAAUUUCCACGUGGAUCCUUUUAAAUCCACCGUCGACAACGACGAAGACGAUUGAGAUAGAAAAGAAGACGAAACAGCCGUUUCAAAUGGAAGUGAAAAUGACUGUGAAACCAACGACUUUGAUGGAGAGAGUGGAAACCACUGAAAGAGUGACAGAGAAAGUUACCGUGCCCGUAUCCACGACAUUAGUCAUGGAUCAGUCUUCUACUACAAAGAAAUCUGUCUCAGUCGACACGAAGAAGAACACCGAAUCGAAAGAGAAAAUUCAGACCACAGAGAAGGCAGAGUCCAUGCAGAGUACCACUUUGAAGGUUCCACAGACUACUGCGAAUAAUUUGGAGAGUAAGGAGGCUGUUGUUAGUACCACGAAGAAGAUACAGAUUUUAAGAACGACACCUAAGCCUAAGAUAGCUACCACGAAGACUACCGUAUUAUCUAAACCUUCUGGUUCAAAGCCUUCUAGACCUAAUCAACAGAAUAGGCCCAAGCCUCCUAUGAGAAGAACUACUACCGUUAAGCCGGAUUCUGCGAAAAAUGAGACUGCUUCUACUGGCAAGAUAGAGAAGGUCACUUUCAGACCGGUUCAAAUGAUCACCAUCUCAAAGAACAAGGUAGAAAGCACCGACAAGCCUAUGUUCGUGACCAAGAUCAAAGCGUCUAUCGCGAUGGACGCUCAGAAGACUAGCACACAGCCUUCUGCUUCUUCCACGGCCACCAGUUUAGAGGUAACUACGACUCCUAAACCGACUACGAUCGAGAAUAAUCUGGUGGAGGUGUCUGUGAAGCCGAAACCAGUUGGCACAAAGGUGAACAACGUAUUGAAAGUACAAUUGAAGAAGCCUCUAGACGAGACGACGAAGAUCGAAGUAGAACCUAUUAAGGUGAAUGCUCCCGUGUUGAAGAUCGAGAAAGUGGAAAAGAACGAGGUUAAGAAAGAAGAAGAAAAGGAAACAGAGAAUAUGGACAAUACCAGGAUAGAUUUAAUGAAGUUUGAUUUUAAUCCUGAACUGACCAAGAUCAACGUAAACACAGAAGUUUCUUCGACUUCACCGAGCACCACACAAUCGACGACGUCCACUUCGACCACCAAAAGACCUAGGAACAAUCCUAAGAGGAAGAAGAAUAAAGUCAGAAGGCGAAAGCCAACUACAUCCACCACUACAACCACUGUUUCUUCAGCGAUAUCUAGUACGACAGAGAACGACUUAAUAGAGGAACCAAUCACUGAAAAUGGUAUACAGGAGUCGAAGAUAGCACCUGAGACCAAGGUGGCUGGUAAUUGGACGAAGACAAAGAAGAAGCCAGCUUCGACUCCCAUUAGUAUGCAGAUUUACAAUUUCCUGAGUCGAGAGGUGAUGCCUAGUUUCGGAGUGAUGUCUUUGGUGGGAUUGGGACUUGGCCUGGCUUCUUACUUCUUGUAUCCGCUCGGAGGAACUGUCACUAGAAGAAACUACGACGUUGAGCCUAAAUAUAAGUAUAAUUUCGACGAAUACGGUGGAAACUAUGGUCAAAGGGAAGAGGAGGUCUUGUCUAAAGUUCUUCAAGGUAUGACAAUUGACGAGAGCAAGUAUCCUGGCUCGAAGGACUAUGACAACAAUUACUAUAGGUACCAACAUUACGACGGAGGUUACGAUACUCAGCCAAUCAAAAAAAGCGAUCAAAGGUACCCUCCUUCAUCCGCGAUAUAUCGUCCAGAGAACACAGCGUCUAUACAUAAAUAUAAGAACACUGAUUAUCGUUAUUCGGAUAGUACGAGCACUCCAAAUUACUAUGACAGGCCUAAACAUCGCGAGUACGUGGUUGGAUCUGCCGCCCCUGGCACAGCCAACCGACAAUUCGUUGUUGGAAGCAUUCCCAAAGAGUACCCACCUUACGAAGAGAAGAUUCCUUCUUUAUCGACCCCGGGAAAGCUGGCUAACAGUUACGAGCCUACAGAAAGUGGGCAGCUACAGUUCGACCACGAUGUAAACCAGAACUUCAAUUUUCCUGUGGGGUCUGCUCAAAACUAUGGCCAAGCGCAGACAGCUAGACCAGAUGACACUUACGAAGAAGUUGAGAUCACACCUACCGCCGUUGCUGUGGAGCAUGGACCUAGGUCUCUGAAGCUUAAACGGUCUCUCCUGGACUUGACAAAGGUAUCUCCAACGGAAACACAUCGUUCUAGAAGGAGAAGGGACUCCGUAAUUCAAGUUAUACCAUCGAAACGACAAUUGGAGGAGGAAGGAAAGGAGCAAGAUUUGAGUAACGAAAUCCUUAAUAUCAUCGACUCGGCUAUACCCGAAGAAGACUACACUCAGAAGAAGAAGAACAAGGACAAGGAAAUGGAAGUUUUUGCGAAUAAAAGAAGAAAAGAGAAAGAGGAUGAAAGGAAUCGACCGAAGGAAUCCACCACUAACAGUCAGACUUUAAAAACGAGCACAGCUACUCCUCUGGAUACUUCUACGGUUUCCACAGCAACGAAGGAGACUACCGAGUCUCCUACUUUUUCUUCGAGUUCCACGGAAAGCGAUUCUGAAAGUAACACGACGAAUAAUCCGAAAUCGACCGAAAGCACCAGCGAGUGGAUCGAUCUGACCACGGCGAAGCCAGCCGAGCAGAACGGUUUCAAUCUCUUCAGUUUCGUGAAGAAGAUCGCCGAGAUCAAGUUCAGGCUCGGCCUGACGCUCCUUAAACACGCCAGCGAGGGUUUUGCUAGAUAUCUUGGCCACGUGCAGAAGAGGAUCAACGGAGAGGAGUGAAUAGGCUCCUUCCAGGAGGCUGAAUACAAUGGACUCGAGUGGCGAUUUACACUGUCACUAGGUCAGCACGUACCUUAUUCUUCGAGCACGCCAGGACAUCGUCUUGAAAACAGAAAUCCCUCGUAUCUUAACAUCUAUUUGAGAAUUUCGAGAGGGUGGAGACGAUUUUCGGACGUUUUAUGGUUGGAAAGGUCUUUCCACGAGGGUGACUUUCUGUAGAAUCUGAAAUAUCUUCGUCGUUUGUUUUUUCUUUUUUCUUUCUUGUUGGAUAUUCAGCGUUUUUUUUUUUCUUUUAGGGAAGAAAUGUUUGUUUCUGGAGGAGGAAGGUAAUUUUUUGAGAGCAAGGCAUCGUUAAAUUUUUACAAUAUUGAGACAGCAGAAUUGUAAGAUUGGGGAAGAAUUAGCAUUUGACUGGAAUUAUGUAUAUUUUGUAUUUUUGCGUAAGAGAUUGGUAUCUCUAGUUUUAAUAUUUUACGAAGAUUCCUUUAACGUUCUUAUAAUAUAAAUAUUUUGUAUUAUAAUUUGAUAUUCUAUAUUGUAUUAAUAUUACAUAAUAUUCUAUGAAGGGUGUUUCUUUUUGUUUGGAAAUGAAUAUUUCUUCUUUGCUAUGAAAAUGAUGAAGUUAUUUUAGCUCGUAAUACCAGACAGCUCACCCUCUGUUAGUAUAAUACUCUGACGAUGAAGAGAACUGCUCUUUCUAUAUGUUUUAAAUAAUUCUUACUGCGUAGAAUCAUAAUCUUUGCAAACUUUCUUAGAAAUGUCGCUUUAUCUAUUUAUUAAUCUAUAGUUUCAUUAAAAUUUCUAUCGUGCGAUUGGGACCAAGAGAAGAGGAAGAGUUGUUCCUGGACGUGAAUGAGAACGACAAGCUUUAAAAAUAAAUGUUAAGGAAUAGGAUUUCUCGCAUAGAAUCUAUUUUCCAUUAAAAGAUAUAUUCCAAGAACGCUUUCCCCGAAUUAUAGAAACGUUCUCUAGGGAAAGCUAAAGGUUUCGAUAAACUUUCAACGAAAAGUUCUAUUUUUUUAUUCUCCAAGUGACUUUUACGUUCUUCGAUCGUAUCUUUCGUUGGUACUUAUGCUUUUUAUUAAGUAUUAAAGCGAACGACGAAAUGUAAAGUAUGUUAUAAAUACACAUAUAAUUAAAUAAAUAAAUAAUAAAUAA